AUGGACGUCCCAAGCAACCGACUCUUCCGCUGGUCUAAGCCUGAAUGGCUAAAUAACUCUGCUGUCCGCAAUGCCGGCGUCUACGCCUCUGGCGCUCUGUUCGCCGCAGGCUUCUUCUUCCUCGUCGACGUCGCCGCGUUCUCUCAUAGCACCCUUAACGGCUCCAACGUGCACAUCAAGUUCGUUGAUUGGAUCCCUGGUAUCUGCUCUGCACUAGGCAUGCUGGUAAUCAACUCGAUCGAGAAGUCGCGGCUGCAGGCCGAUAGCUUCAGUUACAGCGGCAGCGGGGUUGCGUGGAAGGCGCGGUUUGUGCUCUUCUUGGGAUUUGCGCUGUUAGCCGGGGGACUUGCGGGGAGUGUGACUGUUAUGGUUCUCAAGUACCUAAUGAAGGACUACCCCAUCCAAACACUGUACUUCGGCAUUGCCAAUGUCGUUGCAAAUAGCCUGGUCAUGCUGAGUUCCGUCGUGCUCUGGGUCUCACAGAACAUUGAGGAUGAUUACACCUACAACCUGGCGCUGUGA